AUGCCACUCUUCAGGCACUCCAAAAAGAAAGAUGUUUCAAAGAGCUUCGAAGAGCUAAACAUCACCCCGAGCCGUAGCAAUGCCAGUCAGCUAAGCUCGUUGGCACCUUCGAGAUCAAGUUCACCCGUUCUUGUGCCUACGGCCACGCCGGUGCCCAAGCGUGCACCCUCAUAUUCCUUGGCUUCAUCUACUUCCCCAAGUUUCACCAAUCUCAUGCCCGUUUCCUCUAAAGAAGAAGAUAAGGAAAUUUUGAAUAUUUUACCCUCCUAUCAUAUGUACAAAUCGACUGUGUCGAGAAACUUAACACCUUCACAGGAAAACUUCAAGAUCGAACCGCCAACUUAUGAGCUAACUCCUUCUAAUUCUGUUCCACAAUCAUUGGUGACCUCGCCAUUACAGAGCCCUCCUAACGAACUUGAAUAUACUGAUUCAUUUCAUCAGCCAGUAGUAGAUACAGUAAACGAAGCAGCUGACAACUUAUGGGAGAAUACUAUCUUGGCAAAUGCCCAUAAAUUGAAAAAUUUGACCGAGACUGAUAACAAGAUUUCCAAUAACUUGGACAUUAACAUUCACGUCACCGAAAAAGUGUGCCAAAAGGGUGUAGAGCCCAUUCACAUGGAUCCACUGUCGAGAGAAUUUCAACAAGGUGAUUAUAUUCAUGGAUACGUCACCAUUGAAAAUAAAUCAAAAAUCCCUAUUCCCUUUGAUAUGGUUUAUGUAGUCUUUGAAGGUUCUACAAUUGUGUUGGAUACAAAUGUUAGUGGAGUGUUGGAUACCAAGAAACCUAAAACUGUUUAUAAAUUUUUGAAUAUGAUUGACUUGUUUGCUUCAUGGAGUUAUGCUAACAUCGAUAGACUUGUUAGUGAUAACGGUGAUCCUCAUGAUUGGUGCAACGGAGAGACUGACCCCUACGACAAUACCAUCUUGGCAAUAGAUGUUAAUAGGAUAUUUCAACCUAAUAUCAAAUAUAAAAGAUAUUUUACCUUUAGAAUCCCUGAUAAAUUAUUGGACGAUGCCUGUGAAAUGCAUGACUUGACGAGACACCAAGAAGUGCCUCCCAGUAUAGGAAAGACUAGAAGUGCUGUGAGGACGAUUUUUGAAGAAACGGGAACAAACCCUGUAUCCAUCAAAGAUUUUGCUCCCAUUGAUACAUCAAUAUCAUACAGUAUUGAUGCUAGAGUAAUUGGGAAAGCUUCAGACUAUGAAUUCAAGUCGACUAGCUCAACAGGUGAUGAGUAUAUUGUUGCCAAGGAUGUCUCUGUACCCAUAAGGAUAGUCCCCUUACUGAAUUCAGAAAGACAGCUGCAAUUGACUGUCAAUAGAGAGGAAACUCAAUUGUUUUAUAGAGCAUUUGUGGACUGUGUCAAGAAUAAGAUAAAUCUAGGAAGGGAAUUACUAAAUUUGCAGCCAAUCUUAAGCAAUUCCACUAAUGAAAAUGGUGGUACUGGAUUUGCAGGUUUCCCCGACUUGACGCCCAUGAAUUCUAUGGAUAAUAAUUCAUUUAUUAAAAUUAGACAACUUUACGACGCUUCAGCUGGCUUAGAUUCUAAACCAGUAGUCUUGAACUUGAAAGUCCCGAGAAAAUCUGUAAAGGAUCAACAAUAUCAAAGUUUUUUGACCUAUAAAAAGAAAUCUUUAACUGGUUUAUCCAAAUCCUCUGGCAUUUUGUCUUUAAGUACCCCAAAAGCAGAGUAUAGGAUUUCGUACCGACCACCAUUGAAAUACAGACCAAAGGUAAUAGAGCCUAGAAAUAAUGUUCACGUAUUAUCAAUACCCAUGGAACUACAAUUUCUUGUGGAGAACGGAAAAUCUACUUCUUCUUCCUCCACUUCUUCUGCUCAUGCAUCGUUACCGGAAAUCAAAGAGAUUACAACUGAACUCACAGUCUUUACCGUUAGGUCAAAAAAACACCCGAUUCCUGUUGAAUUAAGUCAUGAAAUGCUAUUCAAUGAUCAAGAAGUUGAAGGCAGUAAAGCGCUGGGAAAUGAUAAUUUUGACACUAUUGUCAUAAGAAAAUUUCAAAGUUAUCUUCAUGAAAUGACUGAUUUAAUUAAGAAAAUUGGCCCCGAAAUCUACCUUGUUGAGAAUAGACUUUUCAAUGACUUAAAGAGUAUGGCAUUUUUGAAUACUAAGUAUAUCAAUUUGUCUAUCAGUGACGUCACUGUGAGCACCUCUCAAAGUGGAGGCACUUCAAGUAAGAAUUUGAAUACCGUACCCUGGCAAGAAGGUGAGGGAUCAGACAUGACGGAACAUCAAGGGUACACUCUGUACUUUAAAAGGUUCAAUCUUAAUAUUGAUACAUCCAAGGCAUAUUUCAAAGGGAUGGCUAACAAUAGUAAAACAGAAUCAUGCAUCUUACCUGACUUUCAAAGCUGCUUGAUAGCAAGGUUAUAUUAUUUAAGAAUAUGUUUUAAGACAAGUACAAAUCAAACUCUCACAGUUAAUGUUCCAGUUGUGGUGGAGAACUUAGGAGGAGUUUAG